AUAUUGUGUGUUGAAAAAAACAAAAAUGGUAGAUAUGGUUGGAUUUCUGGACAAUACAGAUGUUGGUGCCAUUGGGUGUGGCAGUCCAAUUGAGCGUUCCCGUGCUAUCGCCGAUAGGCUAAAACGAGCAAAGCGUGGUCAGAUUAUUUUGGUGCCAUAUAACUCUGGAUGUCAUUGGAUGCUGACUGUACUCAGUCCUGAAGAAGACAUUGUCUACUUCAUGGAUCCAUUAAAGAGGAGACUCUGCACAGGAGAGUGGAAGAAUAUUGUUGAUAAUGGCAUCAAAAUACAUAAUGCUCAACUCAAGAGGCAAGGCAGAAAGGCAACUACUUGGAAAAACUGUGCGGGUAUUCCGGAGCAAAAGACGGACAAAGACUGUGGAUAUUAUGUAAUGAGAUAUAUGAAGGAAAUAGUGGAAGAUAAGAGCUUAGAUUUUUUCACCAAGUGGGAGAGAAGAGGCAAAGCAGCAUAUACCCAGGAAGAUAUUGAUGUGGUCAGAAAUGAGUGGGCAAAGUUUAUUGUGAAGACAUAUAUGUAAGCAUUGUGCUUGGUACUUAUGGAGCUAUAUCUUCUUUUUUAGUUGAGUUGAAACUUUGUUCUAUGGAUUU